AAGAUCAAAUUGUUCGAAGAAAUAUUUAAUUAAUUUCAAUCAAUGUGAGAAGUAAAGAAAGGGAAAUAAAUAUACAUCACGUGUGUUAUACGUGGAUUUAAAAAGAUCGAUGUGAUUCUAUAUGUCGAGGCGAUUUUCAUAAAUAAAAUGUGAGGUGGAAAAUCAAUAUAAGUUCAUUUCCGUGUUAUUAAUGCAAAGUGGCCGCGUGUACGACAUUCAUACGUAAUAUCUGACUAAUUGAGGCCGACGCGUGUACUUGGCCAUCCUCCAAGUCGCUUUGAUCGGCUCUGUUCGGCUUGUACACGCGUGUACACGCAUAUACACGCAUUAUAUAUAUAUUAUAUAUACACGGAUAUGUUCUUUAGAUUUCGAUUAUGCGAUUCGAAAGGAGGAAACGGAUGGAAUCGAGCUGGUCCUCCUUUUCUAGGAGGAAUGGAUUUUAGAGGAAGGGGGAGGAUUAAUGGGAAAUUAUAUUCGAUACGGUGUGAAGGUGAGUUCUAUAGGAUGGGGAUAAGAUGACAAAAGUUGGUCGUCGAGAAGAAACGAGCAUCGAAAGCCGCGCGAGCGCUUUCUGCGAACCUUUCUCGGGGAUAUGUCAACGUGUCGAAAGAACUGAGCUUGAACAGCCAUUUUUUUAUUACAUUUUAUAUCGAGGAUAUUAUUGGUUGGAAAAGUUGACACGGAGAAAAGUUGAAAUUGAAGGAUUGAACUGACAUGAUUCCACGCGGUGAAGUACGAGCUUGAAACGUCCCAUCUUGCGAGUAUUGCCGAUUCAAUGGCACCAGCACCAAUCAUUCGACCGAUCUACCUCGUGGAGGAAUGCUGCUAACUUUAUUCAGGUAUGCAAUAAUUUUAAAGGGAAUAAAAUUUAAUCAUAUUGUUUACCGAUUUCCGUCUCGUUCACGAGAAUUAUACGUUGAGACGGAUAUGCGAAAUACCGAUACAAUAUCUUUUAUUAGCGAGAGAUAGGAAUCAAAAAAAAAAAAAUAAAAAAGACACACACACAAAAAAAGAACAAAAAAAAACAGGUUGACCAUGAUCGUUCCGCUACUAAUCCCCGUUUGCGUCGAAACCAAUGCCGAGAAAUUAUCGUUCGUACCGUCAGAGGAGAAGAAAGUAGCGGCCGGCGUGCCGCAUCGACGGACCGUUACAUUUUUCAAAGGAAACGAGAAAUCUAUUCGAGAUGAGGAUAGGAAUCCGAUGCUACAGAAAAGGCAAUUGAGCAAGAACAAUCGAUACUUCAACGAACAGAAUUUGAGAAUGCACCGCGGUAUCGUCUCCGACCCGUUGGAUUAUAGAAUCCCUAGAUCGGAUAUCGAAGGGACCGGUGGAUUGGCCCACAAAAUGGCCAAGGACGCGCUCAAAUCGCCCAAGGUGCAAGAGACGAUAAGGAAACUUUCGCGCGUUUCGCCCCCGGGCCAUCUCCAGGCGACGGUGAAGAUACCAAUGACCAAGGGUAACAGCGGUAACUCGAAGGCGAGCGAAGACAAGAGAAAUCGAAAGGGGGUGAGGCACAAGGGGCGAAAGAAGAAGAAGAAAAAAAGGCAUCAUAGAAGAUACAUGAAACAACCUACUCAGAUAAAGAGGGGAUCCCCUAAGGUAGGUAAGCUUCGUUCUGCAAUUCUCACUAAUUUUCUAUUCCUCCCCAACUGGUAAAUUUUUACUACGCAUGUGGAUAAACGUAUGUAAAAUGUAUCUUUACUCAGAGAACGUUGGACAGCAAUGGGGACAUUAACACGUUAACAAAGCGAUCAAAGCGAAGGGUGAAACACGCUACGAUUAAACGUAGUCCAGAUAAUCUCGAUGAUAGAUCACGCGAAAACACGUCCAACUCAGAGUCGAGGGACGCUGAAGUCACCGCUGUUCACGUAGACGACAGCGAUUACGUUGAUUUCUCCUCGUCCCCGAAUAUCGAGACGACCGAAUCCAUUUUUGUAGAUAUGCAAAAUGACGAGAAAUUGCGAAAUCACGGGAGCGAAAAGAUGAUCGAACGUUUGAUGCGGACCACGACCAAGAAUCCGUGGAAAGAGAAAUCAGGGGACCAAGGGGUCGAGUAUUCGGAUUACUAUAGCGACGACGAAGUACUCCAAGACGUCGCCGCGAAUAAAAUUUUGCCGCAACUGAUCGGCUCGAGAGAUCCUUACGAUCGAUUAACACGACAGACGUUGAAUUUCACGUCGUAUCGUGACUGCAGCCGUCCGUCGUUCGAUAGAAACGUAUUGCAACCGUAUUAUCCGGAUUACGAUACUCGUAGUAGAAAGUAUCGUGGUUUCAAGAACGACUAUGUCAAUUCUCUUAAUAAUUUUCAGAAUUAUCCGACAAAUGACCGUAUCGCGACAUUAAAUCGGAAUUCUCGAGUACUCGGACCGGAUGAGGCCACGUUCAAUUACGCGCCCAAUUACGGAGUUUUGGACUAUCGAAGUCAAAAUUAUGACACCUCGUAUCCCGCGCCCAACGUUCCCGCGGAAGUCCCGGAAGAUCCGCAAGUGUUCGAAGGGAACAACGUUUCCGAGUUGUCGAAUAAUUACGAAACCUUCGAAGAUCCGAACAAGCCAGACGGUGGUGUGCGACAGCCCGUCGUCGAAUCCCAGAAUCCAGACCAAUUCGAAUACUCGAACAGUCAAUACGAAAUCCCUGGUGAACAGUAUCAAAGUUUGAGCACCAACAUGCCCCAAAAUUUGAACUUGAACGGGGCCGUGGAACCGUUGAUCCAGCCUCAAUACUUGAACAAUUAUCAGAUAGACAGCAACCCGCUAGGUGGGAAUUUCGAUCAGACAAGUAUAAUGAGCCAAGCCGAAAGUAUGAGAAUUCCAAACGCGGACACUUACUUCCCGAUCCAAUUUUACAAUAAUCAACAGGAUAGCCAGGAAAAUCAGAUAGGGAGUCAGGAUAAAAGCAUGGACAACUACGCGUUGCAAUCGACAUUUUACAAUCGUCCAUCUGUCAAUCUUCCCAACGCCAUGGAUCAACCGUUGGGCAAGAUUCUCGAAUCCCUUGGGAUCAACGUUAACGGGGGUCAAAAUAAUAACAACAAGGAGAUGAACAUGAACGAGAACAGACAAAUAUUGCCUUAUUCCAACAACGAUCGCACGUUGGACGUGAUAAAUUUCAUAAGGAAGAGACCGUACGACGAGUCGACUGGUUACGGGGACAGUAAUUUCAGAGGUUUGGACUAUCAAUCCUUUUCGAAGAACAAUGUGAAGGAGGACCAAAGGCAAUCAUCAUUGAAUCAAAAUUAUUCAUUCGGAAAGGAAAAUGUGGACCGUGAUCAUACGAAUAUUACAGGCGCUGUGAGGGACACGAAACAAGUUGCCAACGAAAUACUUGACACCAUAAUGGAGGAGCUGGAGGAUCUGAAGGACGAUCGGAUGAAGAACAACAAGAACAGAGAAGGCUUACCUUGCCGUUUGUCAGGGUCCUGGUCAACAACUCAGGCCGGAGUGAAACUGGAUAUGAGGGUCGUGAAUCGUACUAUAGUCGUGACACUUUCCAACUUCACGUCAUCCCGUUUACAAGAAAGUUUGUUGAAUGAAACGUGGAACGUCUCUGGUCACGUCCCAUUCAAACGUGGCUUGCCAUUCACCCUCAUCGCCACCCAUAAUUAUACCAAUUCUAUUGCCGUGUUUGUCGGUGCCUGCAGAGUUUGUCAAGGUAUCGACACUAUAGCAGGGGUAUGGUCCGUCGCCCGACAACCGAAGGAUUGCAAGGAUUUACAGGCAGCCACGAGUGUGUUCAAUGAUAUUUUCCGUAAAACGCAAUUGUCCAGUUUGAAAGAAGGCGAAAACACUGAUAAUGCGACAUUGAAGCAUAACAAGACGAAGAGUUAAGGAAUAAUUGCCUCCUGAAAAAUCCGUAUGACGCGGAAUACUUAAUGAAACAAGAACGAGAGAAAAAAAAAAAUGUUGGAAUUCGAGAGAUGGAACUACAUGAUAGAGGAAAAAAAAAAGAAAAAAUGAAAAAAAAAAAAAAAAAAAAAAAGAAAAAAUGAAAAAAAAAAAAACAUAAAGACGCAGAUAA